AUGGCCACAGUCAAGGUCAUCGAUUUCAUCCAAACCCCAUUUGACUUUCUUAUCGUCGGCGGUGGAACUGCCGGUCUCGUCCUCGCCGCUCGUCUUUCCGAGGAGCCAGGCAUCCAAGUUGGGGUAAUCGAAGCUGGGUCUCUUAGGCUGGGGGAUCCCAAGGUCGACCUUCCUACCGGACCGGGUCAGAUGCUGGGCGAUCCCGGCUAUGACUGGAAUUUCGAGAGCAUCCCACAGGCUGGCGCCAAUGCGAAAGCGUAUCAUAUCCCACGAGGCAGAAUGCUGGGCGGCUCGAGUGGAAUCAACUUCAUGUCUUACAACCGACCAUCGGCCGAAGACAUUGAUGACUGGGCCAACAAGCUGGGUGUCAAAGGAUGGACAUGGUCUGAACUGCUACCGUACUUCAAAAGAAGCGAGAACUUGGAGCCCAUCGAGCCCAGUGCAAGUUGUCCAGUCAGCCCGAAAGUUCAUGGCACCGGCGGGCCAAUCCAUACUUCGAUAGGUCCCUGGCAAGCGCCCAUAGAAGAAUCACUCUUGGCUGCGUUCGAUGAGGCCGCUCGUCUGCAGCGGCCGGCGGAGCCCUAUAGCGGUGCCCAUCUGGGAUUCUAUAGGUCCUUGUUCACAUUAGACAGAACCAGCACGCCAGUCCGGAGCUAUGCGGUCAGCGGCUACUACGCCCCCGUUAUGGGACGCCCAAAUCUGAAGGUCCUAGAAAACGCACAGGUGUGCCGCAUCUUACUCUCCGAUGCUUCAGACGGAAUACCCGUCGCGGAAGGAGUUGAACUGCACCACGCGGGAGCCCGCUACGCCGUGUCAGCUAGAAGAGAAGUGAUUCUCAGCGCUGGAUCUGUCCAGAGUCCCCAGCUCCUGGAGCUUUCUGGAAUUGGAGAUCCGAGCGUCCUCGAAGGCGCUGGGAUUGCUUGUAGAGUGGCCAACACCGACGUGGGCAGCAAUUUACAAGAACACACCAUGUCAGCUGUGUCUUAUGAAUGUGCAGACGGAAUCAUGUCGGUGGACUCUUUGUUCAAGGAUCCCGCUCUGCUAGAAGAGCAUCAGAGCCUCUACGCCAAAAACCAUUCCGGGGCCCUGUCUGGAUCGGUCAGUCUGAUGGGCUUUACUCCAUACUCGUCACUAUCCACCGAGACUCAGGUCGACGCCACCAUGGCACGUAUCUUCGACGCUCCUAGUGUGAGCGGCAGACUGUCUCAGCAGAACGCGAGCUACCAACGCCGGCAGCAGGAGGCUGUCGCCGCACGGAUGCAAAACCGCUGGUCCGCAGACAUCCAGUUCAUCGGCACCCCUGCGUAUUUCAAUACCGCAGCAGGUUACGCAAGCUGCGCCAAGAUCAUGUCGGGUCCCCCCGUCGGCUACAGCGCAUGCUACUCCAUCGUCGUCAGCAACAUGUAUCCUCUAUCGCGCGGGAGUGUGCACGUGCGGACCUCGAAUCCAAUGGACGCGCCGGCGAUCGAUCCGGGAUUUCUUUCCCAUCCGGUGGAUGUCGAUGUUCUUGCUGCUGGCAUAGUCUUUGCAGAUCGAGUCUUCCGCUCGACGUUGCUCAACGGGAAAGUUCGUAGGCGGGUGAGUCCGCCUGCUGGACUCGACCUUUCGAAUAUGGACGAGGCUCGCCAGUUCGUUCGCAAUCACAUCGUGCCCUAUCACCAUGCUUUGGGGACCUGCGCGAUGGGACAGGUGGUAGAUGAGAAGCUGCGAGUGAAAGGGGUUCGGCGUCUUCGUGUUGUUGAUGCCAGUGUCAUGCCGAUGCAGGUCAGCGCCGCGAUCAUGGCUACUGUGUAUGCCAUCGCCGAACGGGCUUCGGAUAUCAUCAAGAAGGACUGUGGGUUUGGCCGUCGACUCCGUGCUCAUAUAUAA